GGGAUGCCCGUUGGAGCCUCAAGAACACAGUGCAAAGUUGUGUGAGUGGACCCUGAUGUGGUUGUGUGCGUGAGUGAUACCAAGUGUCAUGUGUCAGUCAUGGCGCGCGCUGGCGCUGUUGGCGGUGCUGGGGUGGAGCGGCGCGGUGCGCGAGAGCAUGUACCACAACCAGUUCGCGGUGCACGUGCCCGCCGGGGCGCACCACGUGGGUGACAUCGCCGCGAGGCACGGGUUCGUCAACCACGGACAGAUCGGCUCGCUCAAGGGCUACUAUCUGUUGUCACACCACGAGGUCCGCAAGCGCUCGACAGAACCCAGUCAUGACCACCACAAGAAAUUAAAUGAUGAGCCACAGGUACACUGGGUCCAGCAGCAGCGGGAGCGGAGGCGAGUCAAGCGUGACUACGCGCCGUACGAAGGCAUCUGGCCGCGUCGACUGCAAGCCCACGGCCGGCCUCAGCAUCCCCGCGCGCUCACCUCGGCCGCAUUCUUCCCUGACCCACUGUUCAAGGAGCAAUGGUAUUUGAACGGUGGUGCAAAAGAUGGCUUAGAUAUGAAUGUGUCACCAGCUUGGCAAAAAGGCUACACAGGCAAAGGCGUUGUAGUAUCAAUCUUAGAUGAUGGAAUACAAACAAAUCAUCCUGACCUUGCUCAAAACUAUGAUCCUAACGCAUCCACCGACAUUAACGGCAACGACGACGAUCCCAUGCCACAAGACAACGGCGACAACAAACACGGCACGAGGUGCGCUGGAGAGGUAGCUGCCGUUGCAUACAACCAGUACUGCGGGGUAGGCAUCGCGUACAACGCCAGCAUAGGCGGCGUGAGGAUGUUAGAUGGCGUAGUCAACGAUGCUGUCGAGGCUAGGGCCCUGGGGCUCAACCCGGACCAUAUUGAUGUGUACAGCGCCUCGUGGGGACCCGAGGAUGACGGCAAGACGGUUGAUGGUCCGGGGCCGUUAGCACGAAGAGCAUUUAUUUACGGAGUCACGAGUGGUCGCAGAGGAAAAGGAUCUAUCUUCGUAUGGGCAUCAGGAAACGGUGGAAGACAUACGGAUUCUUGCAACUGCGAUGGUUAUACUAAUAGUAUAUUCACGCUAUCCAUCUCCAGCGCUACUCAAGGAGGAUAUAAACCCUGGUAUUUAGAAGAAUGCUCUUCCACUUUGGCUACAACGUACAGCUCAGGUACUCCAGGCCACGAUAAGAGUGUAGCCACUGUCGAUAUGGAUGGCAGGUUAAGACCUGAUCAUAUUUGUACAGUAGAACACACAGGGACUUCUGCGUCUGCUCCCCUCGCUGCCGGAAUUUGUGCUUUAGCACUAGAAGCUAACCCAGACUUAACAUGGAGAGAUAUGCAAUAUUUAGUAGUUCUAACGUCACGCCCCCUACCUUUAGAAAGAGAAACGGGUUGGAUAGUCAAUGGCGUCAAAAGGAAAGUUAGUCACAAAUUCGGAUAUGGCCUCAUGGAUGCAUCUGAGAUGGUGAAUUUAGCAGAACAAUGGGUGUCAGUUCCUCCUCAACAUAUCUGUAAAUCUCAAGAAAUCAAUGAAGACAAAUCAAUCGAAUCCACCUUUGGCUAUACGUUAUCCGUGCAUAUGGACGUGAAUGGUUGUGGUGGUACUGUCAACGAAGUGCGAUAUCUCGAACAUGUCCAAUGUAAAAUAUCGUUAAGAUUCUUCCCUCGCGGUAAUUUGCGAAUAGUGCUUAAAUCCCCUAUGGGUACUGUAUCAACUUUGCUUUUUGAAAGGCCACGUGAUGUAGUGAGCUCGAACUUUGAUGAGUGGCCGUUCCUUAGUGUUCACUUCUGGGGUGAACAUGCAGAAGGAAGAUGGACAUUGCAGAUCAUCAACGGUGGCAACAGACACGUUAACCAGGCGGGUAUACUAAAGAAAUGGCAACUUAUAUUUUAUGGAACAAAUAUAGACCCAGUGAGACUACGUAAUAAGAGACCAUUGCCCGGAUCCCCUCCGUUAGCGUUCCCAACUGCCGCAGACGGUUACGAAGCUAUCGGGGAUUCUUUUUACAACACUGACGCGUUUGCCAACUAUCAGAAUUUUCCGACGCUAUUCGCCGCCGGCUCAGACCCGGAGAAGGCGGUAGCUCGGCUUGACGGACACAACGUCCCUUCACCGCAGGGGGAGAGUGUCCUGGCUGAUAGCAACGACAGGCGCGUCGUGCAUGACUGUGAUCCCGAAUGCGAUUCUCAAGGCUGCUAUGGUAAAGGACCUACUCAAUGCAUUGCUUGUAAGCACUAUCGAUUGGACGACGCCUGCGUUUCACGGUGUCCCCCUAGGAGCUACGCUAACCAGGGCGGAGUGUGCUGGCAGUGUCACGAAUCUUGUGAGACAUGCGUCGGACCCGGAUUGGACUCUUGUUUGACUUGUGCGCCUGCUCAUUUGCUAGUAGCAGAUUUAGCAGUUUGCUUGCAGCAAUGUCCAGAUGGCUAUUGGGAGGACAGUGACUCUUCGGUUUGUCGUCCGUGUGCUGCUCAUUGCGCGACUUGCUCCGAAAGAGCGGACUCUUGCAAUUCCUGCGAUCACCAUUUGCUACUUCACAGCGGUACAUGCUUGACUUCUUGCCCUCCAUCUUACUAUGAAACCGAUGACUACGGUUGCGCCAAGUGCCAUCCUACUUGCGAUACUUGCACUGGUCCGGGAGAGUCACAGUGCGUUACAUGUUACGCUUCCCACUACGCAAUAAAUGGACAAUGUAACACUUCAUGCCCUUCCGGAUACUAUGCUGAUAAGAAAAGAAGGGAAUGCGUCAAAUGUCCCGUAGGUUGUUCAACAUGUACAAACGGUUUGUGCCUGGCCUGCGACCCCAAAUGGGAGCUCAACAAGAAGAGCAAGUGCGUGCUGCUGGGCGGCGACCAGUGCACGUCGACCGAGUUCAUCGACGACGGACUGUGCAGACAGUGUCAUUCUGCCUGUGACACGUGCUACGGGGGUGACGAAGAGCAUUGUUUGACAUGCCCGUCGCCGAACCUGUUGCAGGAUAACAAAUGCGUCACCGACUGCGCUCGGGGCUUCUAUUCUGAGGCGGGCCGCUGCGCGCGUUGCACGCACGGCUGCUCAUCGUGUGUGUCGCGGCUCAACUGCACGGCUUGUGCUGGUGCUCUGCGGCUGCAGUCCGGGUCAUGUCGGGCCACUUGUGCUGACGGGUACUAUGCGGAUCGCGGGACAUGUACCAAAUGCUACCUCUCCUGCCGGACAUGUAUCGGGCCGCGGCGCGACCAGUGCGCGUCGUGCCCCGCGGGCUGGAGGCUUGCGGCCGGCGAGUGUCACCCUGAAUGUCCACAGGGUUUCUACCAGACCUCCGACGGCUGCCGUCGCUGCCAUCACUACUGCCGCGAGUGCGACGGCUCCGGCCCGCUCCACUGCAAGUCGUGCCCGCCUCGCUUCAUGCUCGACGGCGGGCUGUGUAUGGAGUGUCUCGGCUCGCAGUACUACGAUGCGAGCACCGGCAUGUGUAAAGCGUGCGAUGCUAGCUGCAGAACUUGCUCCGGCCCGGGACAGUUUAGUUGCACGGCGUGCUCCAGGCCGCUGCGGCUCGACAGGCUAAACAACCAAUGCGUGACGUGCUGCGCGGACAGAGGCACCGCCGCAAACACGACGGCUGUCGACUGCUGUCACUGUCACCCUGAAACAGGGGAGUGCAUAAACUCAUCCGUGGCGGGCAAGCGUCGAAUCGCCGAGUACGGCGCGCUUCGUGCGGAGAGCGUGCGCGCGGCGCCGAGCGUCGCUGCGGUCGUGCUUUCCGUGUGCGCCGCCGCCACUGUUCUGUUCCUCACUGUGCUGCUGGUGUUACAGUAUUUUUGUCCUCAGGCUCGCACCAAACGCGAGCCCGUCACCCGCUCCCGAGGCGUCGUGUACUCGCCCCUAGCGUGCACCGACGACGGCGAGGUCUCCGUGCUGACCACCCGCAGCGCCUGCCCCGUCAAACUCGAGCACACGCUCGAGCAACACGAGCUCGAGCACGAGCCCGAGCUCGAGCCCGAGCUCGAGCUCGAGCACGAACCCCUGCUCGAGCAACGCACGUAGCGCGCUGUGAUCAUAGCAGUAAGUUGAGGUACUUCCCACUAGUUCUAUUCCGAAUUGUGACGUCAUUUUUAACGUUCAAUACUAAUCGGUGCCCUUUAGCGUGUAUUGUCACUUGUCUUUUGCGCGCGGCCCGCGCAUUUACCUAUUAAAUGGGCCACUUUUAUGGUACCUAUUAACCAAAUGGUAUGUAAUUUUUGUCCGAAUAUGAACCCUAUCCCUUAAAAAUUUAGGUUUAUGGAACGAAUGGGAAGUAUCCGUUUGUACACGUGGAUUACUAGUAAAUCCGACGUGGAACAAAAGCGGAAGAGCCCCGAUAGUGUAAGUCACAACGUCAUAACGUUAGUAAUACGAAUUAGAAUUUGGAUUUUUAUGUAUUGUUGAUAUUUUAGGGCCUAUCGUGUUUUAGAGAAUUGUAUGUGUGGAAUUUGAGCUGUUUCAGACUAGCGUUUUUCUCUAUAAACCCAUUUU